AUGAGUUACAGUCGCCCUCCUCCCAACGUGGAUGCCAUGAUCUCCCUCAAGGUGGACAACCUGACCGAUCGCAUCUCGCCCAACAUCCUGAGGCGCAUCUUCGAGAAGUAUGGGCCCAUCGGUGAUGUGUACAUCCCGCGGGAUCGCUUCACUAAAGAGUCCCGUGGCUUUGCCUUCGUCCGCUUCCUCAACAAGCGCCACGCCGAAGAGGCCAUGGAUGCCCUAGAUGGGAUGGUGCUGGAUGGCCGUAAGCUGCGAGUGCAGAUGGCACACUACCGUCGCCCCCCAGAUCUCCACCACGGCCUUAGCCGGGUAACUCCUCCCUACAGGCUCGAACACCAGAGCUGCAGCCCAAGGCUUCGUCACCGCUCUCGUUCCAAUACCAGGAGCCAAUCUCGAUCUCAUGGCCAAUCUCGCCUCAGCCACUCAAAGUCUCCAUUUCGCUCUCAUGACCGAUCUCCAUCAACCUCUACAUCCAGAUCUACUCGAAGUUCCAAGUCCAAGUCCUCAUCGGGGUCCGGAUCUUCCUCAGUGACCACCCCCAGGUCUAAGUCCAGAAGCCCACCACUAGAAAGACAGUCCAACUCCUGA